AUGCUGGUCGCUGCGCUGACGUCUUCGCCCGCCCUUGUGGCUCCGGCCGUGGCGCCGCUCUUCGCCAAGCCGAAGCUGGCGCUCGCGCCGCACUCCGACGCGCUGCGCUUCGCGCGCAUGGAGGAGGCCGCCGCCGCGCCCGCCACCGAGGAGGCGGAGGAGGCGGAGGAGUCGCUUGGGCCGGUGGGCGCCCUCGUCGGCGACGUCGGCUUCGACCCGCUCGGUUUCACCGAGAUUCUGCCCCUGGCGUGGCUGCGCGAGGCUGAGAUCAAGCACUGCCGCACGGCGAUGCUGGCGACGGCGCGCGCGCACGACGCCGUCAUUGCCCAGGGCGGCAUGAGCCAGCUGCUGCUGUGGAUCGGGCUGCUCGAGGUCUUCUCGGCAAUCUCGAUCGACCAGAUGCUGCGCGGCUCGGGCCGCGAGCCAGGCGACUACGGCUUCGACCCGCUCGGCUUCGCGUCCGACCCGGCCAAGAAGGCGGACCUCCAGAUGAAGGAGCUCGCAAACGGCCGGCUGGCCAUGUUCGCCUUUGGCGGCUUUGUCACCCAGUCCGUCCUGACCGGAAACACCUUCCCGUACCUCUUCGACUACCAGACCGCCGGCGACAUCGUCGCCAUCGCGGCGCAGGGCGCCUCUCCCUAGGUGGCCCGAGCCGCGGCCGGCGCCCGCCCCUUGGCAAGUCAAGCGGUUCGCGUGUGGGGGUUUGGCUUUGGGAAACGUCCCGUCUCCGCGCACUUUUCGGAGACGAGGGGCGGAUACAGCAGAGGGAAAUCUCAUGUUGGCUAGUGUGAUCUUUGUGACUGAAGCCAACUCAUAGAAAUAC